AUGCCCACGAGACUGACCAAGACGAGAAAACACCGCGGCCAUGUGUCCGCCGGUCACGGUCGUGUUGGAAAGCACCGCAAGCAUCCAGGUGGUCGCGGUCUCGCCGGUGGUCAACAUCACCACAGAACAAACAUGGAUAAAUACCAUCCUGGUUACUUCGGAAAGGUCGGUAUGAGACACUUCCACCUGCUCAGAAACCACUACUGGAAACCCUCGAUCAACCUCGACAAGCUCUGGUCAUUGGUCCCCGAAGAGACCCGCGAAGCCUACGUUUCUGGCAAGAAGACCGAUACCGCUCCCGUUCUUGACCUUCUCCCUCUCGGAUACUCCAAAGUUCUCGGCAAGGGCCGCAUUCCCAAGAUCCCGAUUGUCGUAAGAGCAAGGUGGUUUAGCAAGGAGGCCGAGCGAAAGAUCAAGGAGGCUGGCGGUGUUGUUGAGUUGGUGGCAUAA